AUGUGUAAGUCACUUGUCAUAUAUACAUAUCUUUUCAGGCAAUUUAAGGAAAAGUCUUCUGAUCAGAAUGUUGACUCCCUCUCUUCUCCGUUGUUGCUUCGAACUAUACUCGACAAGAAUCCAGGAAUAUUUUCAGACAAAAUUCACCAUGAAAUCCCACCUCAUAGUGAUGGUGAAGGUCCCUCUACUUCUUCGUAUACAGUGUCUUCAAAUUCUGCUGUUAACGGGCUUACAAACAGUAAUAAACAAAAGAUCAGGAAAACCAAGAGUGAGGGUGUUACUUACAAUGCUGUUAGUGUAGCCCCACUCAAAAUUGCUAUCAAGAAGACCACUAUAUCAAAGGCUGGCAGAAGUACUAGACGCAAAAACAUCUUAAAUAAUUCUUCCUCGUUACCUGAUGCACAAAACAAAGAUCCUCUGGAAAAAACCGAAACAUGUCACGAAAAAACAAGUUCUCAAAUUCACACUUCUCAUGAUCUAUGUAACAAUUUAUCAAGCCAAGUAUUAAGUCCUGCUGCUGAUUCCAAACAAAAGUCCCCUAUUGUUAUUAACACCAAUAUAUCUAGAGAUUCUGAUGAAGCUAUCGAGGAAUCUUCAAAAUUGGUGGCAUCCACAGCUGCGAUUUCUUUAGACUCUAAACUGAACCCCGUAGUUGACCAGAUUCACUCUACAUCGAAAUUCUUGUCAAAUACUUUAAUUAACGAUCCAUCAAAAGUGGAAGUCAGUCAGACAGACCAUGCGCCUAAAUCUCCUUAUAAAAGCAACCAAGUAAACAUGGAACACUCCACUUCUCCUAAAGUUGGAGAUCAUAGUUCUGGAGCACUGGGCUGUGAUACUAACCCUAUUCAACCUCGACGGAUACCUGAUCCAGCUCUGUCGCAAAUCUUUCAUUCGGUAGCUCUUUUCCACACUUACCAACCUACAUGUGAACCAGACAAAGGAAUAGAUAGUCAAGGAGGUGGCCUUUUUGAUGAUUGGGUUGACACACCAAAACUCUCUGAAUCGCCAUCUUUUCCUGCUCUUACAGUGCCAAAUAAAUGUAUUUCUUCACUGACGCCUGUUUCAUCUGUAUCAAUAGCUGUGAAGGAGAAUUCAUCUGUGGGUGCUAGUAAUGAAUUGAUGACAGGUCUUUCUCGCAGUCCUCAGUCUGUGCUUUCAAACUGCUCAUAUCCAACCACACCCGGUGGAAACGUCGUCGUAGCACUUCACAAUACUACCUCUGCAAUAACCAUAUCCACAUCAUCUGUAACCUCAUCUGUCUCUCUGUCUAAAGGUGCAUAUACACAGGUUGCUACGCCCUCAUCUACUAGGUUAUUCGACUCAGUAGAUGAGACACUAACAACAAACUUGUCUACUUGUAGCGCUUUGGAUGAACAAGUUAGUAGCACUCCUCAUGGCCUUGCUGCAUAUUUACCGCGUUGUAAUAACCAACGUCCACUUCAUCCUACACAAACAUCUGUUUUUCCAAACGAAGAUGUUCCUGUGACUUCUGCAAACUCAGUGUCUCCCAAAUCAGCACUCUCUCCAGCUGGUGAAUGCAUUGAUCUGAGUUCUGUUAGUCCGCUAGAGAGUGGUGCUCGUACUCCAGGUUCAUCAAGAAUGACGGUUUCUACGGUUAAUGAUCCAAUAAGUUAUUCAAAGUCAAAACCAAACGUUCGUGGUCGGAUUUCUGUCGGGAAACCUAGAGGAGGAGGUCGCCGCAGACGAACAGAACUUGAAGAACUGAAGAGGUGGAGUGUCAUUGAUCAUGCAAAUCCUGGUUUAGAAUCAAAGAUUACUGACCUGUUUGAGAUCCGUGACUCACCUCAAAAUUCUACUGCUGGUCGGGAUUCGAUAUCUUCAUUAAUCCCUUCAGAAGCUACUAUCCAAUCUGUUCCCUCAAAAGAGGAUGUCUCACAUAUUAAGUCUUCCGAUAUGUGCAAUCAGUACGGUGGAUUUACUGAGGCUCUUGUGGAACGUGUAAAGCGAAGACGGCAGCAGAGGGAGAUGGAAUUGAAGGGUUGUAAGUCAUCACCGUACAAGGAAACACUUAGAAGUUCUUGUGAAGUAUCCCCUCUAUCUACCCCAUCCCCUGGACAAAACCGACAUAAAGUCACGUCACACUCCAGGAAACAUAAGUCAACCACUUUUAUGAGACGUGAAAAUAAAAAAGGAACCCAAAUCGCCUCAUGCAAAACACCACAUGAAACCCAAGAGAAGGAAAAUUGCGUUGAUGUGGCAGUUAAUAACAGUAGUAAACAAAUCCCAUCAACCGAUAGUGACUGCUCUUUAUCUCCCAGUAGUACAGUUUUAUCGUCUGUUCGAUCUCAUUCACCAUAUAUGGGUAGUGUACCACCUAUUGACAGUGUACAACCUAGUCCUCCCAUACUUUCAUAUCAGAAAAGUGACCCACCUAGCAGCCGUCACUCACAUGAAUUAUCGGCGUACGACCGUCACUCAAUGUCCUUUGUUCAAGCAUGCGAAACAAAGAGUCCGAAUUCAGAAUCAGUCGCUCAUCACAGUGUGACGUUAGAAGCUAGUGAAUUGACAUCGCAACUGAGUAACCAGAACUCCCAAUUCUCCGAUGUAAAGCGAAAUCACGAUAAACCUCAGUGGAAAGAUACAAAAUGGUCCGCAAGGAGUAAUUAUCGUGAAUCAGUCAAUGUCCAGUCUUUCGGAUCGGAUUCAGCUCAAGGUUCUUGUGGAAGAUCAAAUGAUUCAUCUCCACAUCCACCACCUCUUUUACCUUUAAGCCGCCCUUCUCCCAGUUUAUUUCACAGGCCGUUGUCUGUUGAUGCAUCAGAAAAUACCAAAUCUCAAGAGCAUAUUGAGUUCAGCAUGAGAAAUAUUCAUUCAAAACACUCGAACAAUAUUAGAACAAGCAAGAAGUAUACCACCUCACCUACUAGGCAGCCAUUUGAUAAUCUUACUGUUGAGGUCACUUCAAAUUCAAACAAUUGUUCAUCAGAACCAAGUUAUAAUCCAGACAGAACCUCCGACACUUCCCAAGUCGCUGCAAAUUCUAAUUCUUGUAGGCAGGAUAGUAUUCGUUCCCCCAAGUGA